UAAGCGCCUCUGCCCACGUAGUGUAGAAACUCGCGGGUCGAUUUUCCGUACAUCAACCAACAAGGAUCAUUCAUUGCUGUCAAUCUCAUUUGUUUCGUUUGGUGUGGUUUAGUGAUUUGGUCCAGUUUGGUCCUGUCAACUGGUGAAGAAGGGGAGUGUAGAACGAUAAAAAUGUCGUUCACAGAGAAACUAUCAUCGAUCAUGCAAAGGCCAGGACAGGACCCUGUUGCCAAGGACGAUGUAGCUUGGUGGAUGAAGUACGCUGGCCGAGGACUCGGUACCGUGGGUAGUUUACUUGCAAUUUUUCUUGGAGCAUGGAACUGUGUGUCAAUAUUAUUGGGCUCUGUGAGUUGUCUAGUCAGUGGUAUGUGGCAAAUGGUGGCUGGUUUUGUAGUUAUAAUGAUAGAGGCCCCAUGUUGCUGCUUAUUUAUUGACUUUGUACAAAACUUAAGUGAUUGGGCAGAGAAGAGACCAUACUGGAAUAGAGCAGCUGCGUAUUGUAUAAUGGCAAUUCCCCCUGUCUUCCUUUGUUUUGGAAUGGGUAGUUUACUUGGAAGUGGUUUAAUAUUUGCAACAGGUGUGAUAUACGGAUUGAUGUCACUUGGACGAAAGGCACCUCUUCGUGAAAUGAGAUCAGCAGCGACGAAUAUCGAGGUUCCUUCAUCUAGUAUGGAAGCAACACUUGUUGAGAAUGCUCAGCCAAUGGGAUUUACCAAUAGACCAGAUAGUAAUAUUUAAAUUAGAAAUAUUGAUUGGUAAAGGAAUUCAUCCUCUGGUGCGAAUGGUGAUGAAUGGUGAUUCAGUAAAGUAGUCAAUAACUGAGCUCAUAAAUAUAUAUUGUUUUAAAUACUUUAUCAAAUUCUAUGAAUUCUUUGUAUUGUUUGCACCGAGACGGAGGUUCACGUUCUUCCCUUUCACGCAUAAUUUUUAAUUUAGUAUCAGUUAAAAAUUCUGGUAUUGAUAGUCUUAGCAGUAUUAGCAAUGAAAUAUGCUUGAUUUCAAUUUGGAAUAAUGUUAAAGUUGGAGAUCGUUAGAGACAUUGUGAUUCAUAAUUAUUUAUGGGCUUGGUUUUUUGUGGUCCUACUCAUCUAUUGUGUGUCAUAAUGCUCCAGGUUAAUGAAAUUAGCGAUGAAGAUCAUCCUAUAUUAAUUGAUUUUGGUUGUCGUUAUUUAUUGAAUUCUUACGCUUAAUCGUAAUAUUUUAAACGAAAAUGACACUUCCAAAAUCAAAAAUCCCAAGACUUUGAAACAGACUCAUUCGCAAGUCAUAGAAUACGGAAGUCAUAUCAUUUUAGCUUUACUUUGUAUCUUGUUAUGUACACAUACAUGUUACAGGAUGAAUCAUAUAGUUAGAACAAUCCUCAACUCUUUUAUUGUUCGAGAUAGGAAGAACUAAUUCAUAGGUAAAAGAAGCUCAAAUUAUAUUUCAAAGGAAUGGUAAUAGAACGUAGCAAUAAUGUUUUUCUUCAUUUUCAUUACAUGUGUACUUAUUUUUGAAUGAGGCUAUAGGAAAAUAGUUUAUUUAACUUGUAGCAUUUCUUCCUAUCUUGAACGGAAAAGAGAUACGAAUAGUCCUAAUUGCAUGAAUUAUUCUGUGAACUCUCUGCCAAAUUAAUUGCAUACAUACGUAUAUUUAUAUACAUAUCGAUGGCUUAAGAUGCAAUUUCUUUUAAUUAAUUUAUUUUACACGUAUCGCAUUAUCCUUAAAAGUUUGAACGGCUAUGGGUCCUACAUUUAUUGAAUACUUUUACUUGAUGAAUGUUUCCAUAUUGUGUAAAUGCUACAUGUAGAAAUAGAGUAUUUAUAUUUUAAAACCAUCGAUAUAUAUAUUUGUAAUAAUAUUACGCAGUGCUUAAAUUUAUCUGGUAAGUACUUCCAUAGUAUAUCCUUGAAACUCUUCCAAAUUCAACUCUUGUGCUUCAAAUUUGUUUACGUGUUUCUACAGCCAAAUAUGUAUACGUACAUAUGUACAGAUCUAUAAAAUCAAUUAAGUACGACUUUAUGUGAUAUGGCAGAGAGAACAAUUAUUUAGUUAUAGUAAUAUAUUUUAUCGUGUUUGGAAUAGUUUGUUCAACGUUACGGAAUUGCGAAUACAUUAUGUCUUACGAUUAUUCUGAUAAUACAUCAGAGUUUAUUUUACUCGAAAUUAUUUUAAGUAGCUUUAUGUAUCAAUUAUCUUAUAGGUUUUUAAUUUCUUCUCCCCCUCAUAAGUUGAGAUGAUGUAUUUUAAAUCCAAUAAGCAUUUAUUUCUUAAUCGAAAUUGUUAAAUUACUCGACCAUUAUUCUCCCCUUUCUACAUUCCUAUUUUUUUAAAUUAAUUUAUUUAUUAAGAGUUGUAAGACUUUAGGAAUGUUCAACGAACAACUGAUUUCAUUUUAAGUCUUCGAUGAUUUUCAUACUGCGUUUUGCCAAAUAAAUGCAAUUUAAAUACCACUCCUAGUGGCGCGUAGGUCGUUAUAUCGCAUAGGAUGUAUUGUGAAGUCACUAUUUUGUGAUUUUCGUAUUGUACUUUUAUUGUGAUUGUUUAUAAUGAAUAAGAAAAACCUUAAGUAAUUUUCGUUCGUACAUAUAAUAUAGUAUACUAUAGUAUGUAAUGCAUUAAUUAGCAUGCAAGAAUUAGGAGCAUGCGUGGAUUACAUUGCAUGAAUUUUCUGUACAAAUAUGUAUUGAAACAUUCACGAGUUCCAUGUAACUAUUAUUUAUCAUUGUUUGAAAAUCAUAAAGUGCUUCUUGCACAUGGAAAUUG